GCGGGCUGCAUAGGCGGUGCGGCGGAGGCGGGCCAGGCGCUGCGGAAGGAGGGAAGAUGGCGGAUGAGGAGAAGCUGCCGCCCGGCUGGGAGAAGCGCAUGAGCCGCAGCUCAGGCCGGGUCUACUACUUCAAUCACAUCACCAACGCCAGCCAGUGGGAGCGGCCCAGUGGCAAUAGCAGUGGCAAAAAUGGGCAGGGGGAGCCCGCCAGGGUCCGCUGCUCACACCUGCUGGUCAAGCACAGCCAGUCACGGCGGCCCUCGUCCUGGCGGCAGGAGAAGAUCACCCGGACAAAGGAGGAGGCCCUGGAGCUGAUCAAUGGCUACAUCCAGAAGAUCAAGUCGGGGGAGGAAGACUUCGAGUCUCUGGCCUCCCAGUUCAGCGACUGCAGUUCGGCCAAGGCCAGGGGUGACCUGGGAGCCUUCAGCAGAGGUCAGAUGCAGAAGCCAUUCGAAGACGCCUCGUUUGCGCUGCGGACGGGGGAGAUGAGCGGCCCGGUGUUCACGGAUUCCGGCAUCCACAUCAUCCUCCGCACCGAGUGAGGGGUGCAGGCGCCCCGGCCGGGCCUGCGGGGCACGGCGGCUGGGCUCCCCCGGCUCCCGGCCAGGGGGCGCCCCUCCCUGCUAGCCUCACACAGUAUUUAUUGUUCCCAGAAUGGCCGGGAGGGGGGCUCUCGGUGACGGGAGCUGUGGGGUGCCCACCGCCCGGCUGCCCCCCGUCGGGGCUGCCCCCGCCGGACUCCCCUCCCCUUGCAUCUUGAGGAGUUGACUUCAGAAGGGCACCAGGGGCUGGGGAGGCUCCCGGACCAGGGGCAUGGGGUGACGGUCCCAAAGAAGGCCUGGUCAGCUGAGCCGCCCCCGCAGCCCCCCACCAGGGCAGGGGGAGUGGCGGGAAGGCUUCAAGUUGUUUCUAGUUGCGCCACGUUCCUCUGUUCAGUUGCAAAAAAGCAAGCACUCAGCUUGGGGGCUCCAGCCGCCCUGGCCGCGGGGCCCCUUCCUUCCCCUAGAUUAAACCUUGGAACCUCUGC